AUGACAGUUAUUUUAUAUGGAUCAAGUUUAGGUUUAACUCAAGUAACAGGAUUAAAUAUUUGGAUUCAAGUUGGAUUAUGUGAAAUAAUUUGUACAGUUUAUACAAGAGGAAUGAAAGCAGUUAUUUGGACUUAUGUCAUACAAGCAUCGAUUAUAUUUAUUGAUUUGACUGUAUCGAUUAUUAUUGAUAUUGCUGAUGCAGGUGGAAUAUCUAAAGUAUAUGAAACUAUGAAAGCUAAUAAUCGAUUGCAGUUUUCGGUUGUUAGUCUUGAUCCAUCAAUUCGUUAUACAAUGUGGAGUAUAUUUAUUGGUGUAAUAUUUUCAAGUACAGCUCAAUAUGCUUGUAUUCAAACUCAAACACAAAGAUAUAUGUGUGUCAAAGAAACAAAAUCUGCACAAAAGUAUUUAUUGAAGAAAUAA